AAUGGUUACGUCAGCGUGAAAUAUUGAUCAUUAUUGGCAGAAGAUAGUUUAUUCCUCAUAUACGUAUUGCAUGCCGAUAUAGGUAGGUACAUGCCGUCAGGUAUUGGAACAAUAGUCCUCUUCUGAUUCACCCGCCAUUCGGUUUCCUCCUUUACGCCUCACAUCCUGCAAGAGAGACGAUUCCGAUCCUCUCUCUGUCAGUGCACGCUUUACCUUCGUGCAUGACACUUUGUUUGAACCUCGCGUCGUAUUCCGCUCCGGCACUCCGUUUUAUAUAAAAACCAACAAUUUCUUAAACCACUUAUUCUCCCAAACUUUUAUAAACUAACUAACAGUUCUUCAAUUUUUUUAUAUAAAUUAUUAAUUUUAGUUCAAUAUUUAAAAAAAAGGGGGGGAACCAUUUCGCCAAUAUGUUACAAAUAGAACGAAUAUUCGAUACGAACGGGAGAGACGUUGGGCUAAUUUUUUCUUUAAAAAUUGCUAGUCCAAUUUUUAUAUAAAGGAAUAAAUGGAUGUGAUUGUAUAAACCAGAGACUUAAAAUUACGGUGCGUGUCGCGCUUUUGACAGGCAGAGUUUCGAUCGUUGGGUUAUCAGGGGUUGAUGUGGAGAGAUCGUUGCUCACACGAUGAAUGCGGAGGAAGCUAAAGUGGGCUGCUUUCAAAUGGUGUUAGUGUUGCUACUCGGAAUAAACUAUGUCAUCGUCGCCAUGAGUCACGCGUUACCAAUUUUUUAUAAUUAUACACCAAAAUUUUAUUGUCAGACAAAAAAUUCAACUAAUAAAAAUUAUGGCUGUCAAACUACGGCAAAUUCAUCGAUCCUGACCAAUUUAACUUUUACAUCAUCAAAAGUGCCAGUGCUUACGUCCUGUUCUGGCGAAUACCGCUUCGUGACGGAGUUUAUGGAAAACAGCGUAGUCACCGAAUGGGGUUUAGUGUGCGAGAAACGAUAUCUAUCUCUUCUCGGGCCGACCGUUUAUUACACAGGGAUACUUCUGGGUGCAUGGAUCACUGGAAUUCUAAUUGAUCGUAUCGGUAGACUUCCAGUACAGGCGAUAUGCCUUUACGCGCAAGGUACAAUGGCAGUCGCACUCUAUAUUGUGCAGAGCUAUCCUGCGUUUCUGGCACUACGUGGUCUUCAAGGAGUUUUCGUUCAAGGCUUGCAGAAUUCCACGUAUAUUCUCUCCCUGGAACUAUUUCCAGCGCGAUCUCGAACUGUCGUCGCUUUGAUUAUGCAGAUUUCCUGGUCGAUCGGUCUCAUACUGCUCGCAGUACUCAGCUACAUGAUUCCCGAUUGGCGAAUUUUACAGUUGGCUGUUUCCGUACCCACCGCGAUCACCGUGCUUUACAUUUGGAUUAUAUCGGAAUCGCCGAGAUGGCUAUUGGCUAAAGGAAAAUUAACAGAAGCCGAUAUAGCGCUUGAAAGAAUCGCAGUAUACAACAGCUGUUGCAUUGGAUUGCGAACGAAGAAUAUUCCUGCGGAAGAAGCAUGCGUGAAAAGUAACACAACACCGAUAAAACCGGAGAGGAAGUCGCGUGUCAUCAGCGUCUCCAGCGAACUUGAGAAAGCGAGGGCUGACGAAAGUCAACAAGAAGAAACUACGAACUUGUUAAACAAAUCGGAACCAACCGAGCAAAAAAAGACAACUGUAGAAGCCAAUUCGACCGACCCGGAAAACAAAAUUUCCAAUGUAGAGUCACGUCGAGAGACGUCAAGUUCGGCAAAACAUUUUGACGAGAGGCACCUGCCUUCGAGCUCAAAAUGGCGUGACCCAAAAUUAAAAAUAAUGACACAAUCGGAAUGCGAUCAGAAGAAUUCUACGAAAGGCACGGAGGAUCAAGUAGUAUUGCGUAGAAUAAAGAAAGAAAAAACGUGCGAAAAUGAAAAGGAAAUGAGAGCUAGCGUCAAGAAACAGACCGCGAACAAAAUAAAUUCAACAUUCAAGAAUGCAGUCGAAUCGUCGAUAUUGAGGAAGCAUGGCGCUAUAAUGAUUUGUCAAUGGUGGACGUGUGCGAUAGCGUGGAGCAUACUUGAAAUUGAUGAUCUGACGCCAAGUUUUCCGGCGCAGUUUAACAGGCACAUCACGUUUGCCCUGAGUGCAGCUCUCGAAAUGGCGACAUACACAUUUGCGUACUUUGUAUUAUCUAGAUACGGUAGACGGCUGCCAAUGUGCACAUACCAGUCCGUCAAUGGCAUAGUUUGUAUUUUAAUUGCGGUUUUCUUCAUUUUAACCACUGCCACUACACUGCCGAUGCCGUUAUUAAGUAUAUUAAAUCUCGCAAAAACGAUAAUGUUGCUGUUUGGCAGAGUGAGUGUCACGAGUACCCUUUCUAUCGCCUACUUGUAUACCGUUGAAAUAUUCCCAACGGUGAUACGAGGUAGCUGUUUAGGCUUAUGCGUGGUGUUUGCAAAAAUAGGUAGCCUAAGCAUGCCGUAUUUACUUUUAUUGAAGCAACAUAUGUCACUUCCGAUACCAUUACUAGUCACUGGAAUGUUAUGCCUCGUCUCUGGUGGACUGGCUCUGAUUUUACCGGAGACUCUGAAUAAAAUUCUACCAGACCAAGUGAUGGAUGUGGUAAAUGUAAUCAGCGACAAUAAUUGCAAGAGUGAAAGUGUCAAUGUAGAAAAUGGCGUGAAGGAAGAAGAUUUGACAGAGAGGCAAAUUCUGAGGGAGAAACUCUUUUCAGAAGACUGGGUCGAUGCUGGUAACGGGAUUCUGGUAAAUUUCACGGAAAAUAAAAAUGCCGAGUAAUUUAUAAAAUAAAAUGACUUUAUAUUAAAAUUAUUAGUAUUUAAUGGACAUCUUCGCUCCACUUUAUUCAUACAAAGUUCCACGUGCUCCAAUUGCCGAUGUAAAAGAUUUAAAAGACUAAUUUACUUGUGAUAUUCAUUUAUUAAAUGAAUAUUAUACAUAUGUUUAUAAAAAAAUAUCAUGCUGUAUGUAAAAUGGAAAUAUAAAUCAGAUAAAUUAUCAUA